AAUUAGUGCAUUUAGUUCAGAGCUCAGCUGUGCCGCCUCACAGAGCUGCUAGUAUAACAAGACUUGCGUUUUCUGUUUUCUGUGAGUGGACUGUAAUGAAUAUUGGACAGAAUCCUACAAUGUAGUUUCAGAUACAGGACGUGGACUACAUCUCCCAAACAGGCUACUAAAGGAAGCUGCCCUGAAGCUGACCUGAAUAAGCAGAGGGAAAAGGAAGUGAUGGGUCCUGAAUCUCAUUUUUUAAAUACAGGUGUCGGGGGCCUCGUGCUGUCCUGCAGGUUUUAGAUGUUUUCCCGCUGCAACACACCUGAUUCAGAUGAACAGGUCGUUAUCAGGCUUUGGUGAAGCUUGAUGAGGAGCUAAAACAACAACCUCAUGCUCGGCACAUGAGCUUUGAAUGACAGAGCACAGCAUCACCCCUCAUCGCCUCGUCGUUCUCCUUCCCCUAUUCCCCCGGUAAAAGGCUCAGAUUCCCCUCGCUGCAACCAUGGUGGUGAUGAAGAUGAAGUUCCCCUUCGAGAAAAGGGUGAAGCUAGCCCAGGGACUGUGGCUCCUCUCCUGGAGCGCCACAGUGGCCGGAGCUUUGACCUUCAGCCUGGGAUGCAUCCUAAAGACCGAGCUCCGAAGGAGGGCAGAGGUGAUGGAUAACUCCGACAUACACAUUGUGCCCAACACCCUCAUGAUUGUUGGUCUGGCCUCCUUGGGUAUCAACUACUUUGCGUCAAAGAUCUGUCAGGAUGCUCUGGAUGCCGGGCGAUUUCCCCGCUGGAAGAACUUCUUGAAGCCCUACUUUGCCGUCUCUUGUUUCUUCACCGUCCUCAUGCUGCUGGCCAUCAUCAUGAGCUAUGCGAUGAAGGGCACUCUGGAGUCGUCUCUGAAGGUCGGCCUGAGGAACGGCAUCCGCUUCUACAAGGACACGGACACCCCCGGGCGCUGCUUCCAGAAACAGAACAUCGACCGGCUGCAGAUGGAGUUCCAGUGCUGCGGAAACAACGACUUCAGGGACUGGUUUGAGGUCCAGUGGAUCAGCAACCGCUACCUUGACUUCAGCUCGACGGAAGUGAAAAACCGCAUCAAGAGCAACGUGGACGGCCGUUACUUGGUCGACGGAGUCCCGUUCAGCUGCUGCAACCCGAGCUCUCCACGCCCGUGCAUCCAGUACCAGCUCACCAACAACUCGGCACACUAUAACUAUGACUACCAGACCGAGGAGCUCAACAUCUACCUCCGAGGCUGCCGAGAGGCCCUGGUCAACUACUACAUGGGCCUGAUGAACACCAUCGGUGCUGGAGUCCUGUCAGUCUUCCUCUUACAGGGCUCUGUGCUGGUGAGCCUGCGCUUCCUGCAGACCUCCAUGGACGCCGUGGCAGGGAAUGAGAACACGGAGAUUGAGACCGAAGGGUACCUGCUGGAGAAAGGCGUGAAGGAGACCAUCAUGGAGUACCUGGACCCUGUGCUCACGUUCUUCCUGCUUAAAAACCAGGUGGAGGAGGGAGACGCACCUGCUGCCCCGGCAACCACCUAAACCACCAACGAUGUACACACAUGUAAAUACUUUUUACAGAGAGAGGGCAACUAUUAAAUUAUUUGAUUUUUAAAACACAAUAUUAAUCAGAACAUUUCUAUGAAUUUCACAGAUUUUAGGGUUCAUGUUUUUUAUUGUCAGACGCAAAAGUAACGUACAUGAAUGAAUUCUACAUUACUGUUCUGUCCCAUUCAAAUCCCCUAAGCUGAACUGAUUUAACCAUGUAUUGUAAAACAUUUGUUAGCCAAAGUCACGCUGUGUGAUCCUCAGGUCACACACAGAAGUUAUAAAUCCGUCAACACUCCUCAAAAUAAAUAUGCUCAAAACCCCGGAGCACGUUCUUUAUUUUUUAUUACCGCUCAGUCUCAUCUCCCCUGUUAUUUACACAAAUUAAAACCCUUUUGUUAUAUUUGUUUCUGCAAAAAAAUGACUCCAUUCAUAACAUUUGCGUUGCUACUUGCAUUCUCAUGAGCCUGUGUCAAAAGCAAUAACACGAUCACCAAAUGAAACAGAAAUUUGUGAAGCGGUGUACACAAUUUUUCCUUUUUUUUUUUUUUUGUUUGGUCUUACAAAAGCAUGAAUGUAAAGCUGACUGUAGAGAGACGUGAAGCACAACGGCACUAUGACACAACAUAACAUUUGACUUAUUAAAGUUUGAGUUUACUAAUUGGA